UAUUGUGUGUGUGUGUGUGUGUGUCAGGCCCAGCUGCAUGCUGUCUUCUCGUCCUUCGGUCCUGUGUACCUGUUGAAGGUGAGCCCUAACGCUCCGCUCCACCCUCCUGGUUUUUAUGCCCUCAUCAAGUUCUUCUCUGCGGCUCACGCCGCUGCAGCUCAGCGCAUCACAGACGGACGCCCGCUGGUUGACGACUCGCCGCUGAAGGUGAAGUUGAGCUCCAAGCAGACACCUCACUUCCUGUCUGGCAGCAGCAGAGUUCUGAGCCAUGCACACUGUCUGGAACUGGCCAAUCACGUCCUGGGAUUCAACGGCUGGACCUCUGACAUCAUUACACUGAAGAAGCUCACCAAUGAAGAAGAAGGCGAAGAGGAGGAGGGGGGAGGGGCCGGGCAGAGGAGGCUGAAGUUCGGCUGCGUGCUGCAGCUCCGCUUCCCUCAUCACGGACAGACGAGCAGAGGAGCUGCGGUGCUGGAGGACUGCUUCACCUGCACAGGUCCAGAUGUGUUCCUGCAGAGGUGCUGCAGGCUGCAGAGGUUGGUCAGAGAGAAGGCUCUGGUUCAGGCCUUCAGCUCCGUGCUGCUCAUACUUCUAGGUAACGGGAAAGUGAUGGUGGAGGUGAAACAGACCCCUGAUCAGUUUUUAGCUGAUGACACUGAAGGAGUCCUGCAGGUGAACGAGUUUUCCUGGACAGAGGGUCCUGCUGAUGAAGAGGAGGCUGACGAUGCAGAGUGGGCUCUGACUGUGCCGUAGAUCAGGACUGUGGGGGGGUGUGACGUGUUUCUGAGAGGAAAGCUUUCAGGUGUAGAAACAAAACAACGGCGCUCCCCGACGCGACGCUCCGGCUAUACGAGGACGGGAAAACUGAUCCUGAGAUCCAGAAGCUCAUGGCACACACACAGCUGUGAAACAGUACCGAUCAGCUGUGCGUGUUGCUCUCGUCCUCUCUGCAGCAGUGAAUCAUGAUUUUCCACACAGCUGUUUAGCGUUCCCUCAUUAUUUAUGUUUUGGUUUGAGGUUUUAUUUUGAAUCGCCAGGCUGGAUUUUCUUGUUGUUGUUGUUUCUUGUGUCAGUUUGAUUCUUUUUAAUAAUUAGGAUAAAAGAUCUGAGAAAUAAAUAAAAGCACUGACUCAGUUUGUGGAUGUCCAUCAGAGAA